UCCGGAGCUGCCAUGAUUGAAGUGGUAGCGGAGCUGAGCAGAGGCCCUGUGUUUCUGGCAGGCGAGGCGCUGGAGUGUGUGGUGACCGUCACCAACCCCCUGCCCCCGACAGCCACUUCUGCAUCCAGUGAGGCUCUGGCCUGGGCCAGUGCCCAGAUCCACUGCCAGUUCCAUGCCAGUGAAAGUCGGGUAGCACUGCCUCCCCCUGACUCCAGUCAGCCAGACGUCCAGCCUGAGAGCCAGACUGUCUUUCUACCACACCGAGGUGAGAGGGGUCAGUGUAUCCUUUCCACUCCACCAAAAAUCCUAUUCUGUGACCUGAGGCUGGACCCUGGAGAGUCCAAAUCAUACUCCUACAGCGAAGUGCUGCCUAUAGAGGGACCACCCUCCUUUCGGGGUCAGUCAGUCAAGUCUGUCUACAAACUGACCAUCGGCUGCCAGCGUGUCAACUCACCCAUCACUUUACUCAGGGUCCCUCUGAGGAUUCUUGUGCUGACUGGCCUUCAGGGUGUCCGCUUUCCUCAGGAUGAGGCUGUAGCCCCAUCCAGUCCCUUCUUGGAAGAGGUUGAAUGUGGGAAGAAGGACUCGUGGCUCACUGAGCUGGCUGGGGAGUGCCUCAUGGCUGCCACAUCCUGCCGCAGCCUCCAUCUGUACAACAUCAGUGAUGGCCGAGGAAAAGUUGGAACAUUUGGCAUCUUCAAAUCUGUAUACAGACUCGGUGAGGACGUGGUGGGGACCUUAAACUUAGGAGAAGGAACUGUAGCUUGUUUGCAGUUUUCAGUGAGCUUACAGACGGAGGAGCGUGUGCAGCCUGAGUAUCAGCGGCGACGCGGGGCGGGGGCCCCCUCUGUGUCUCAUGUCACUCAUGCCCUGCACCAGGAGUCCUGCCUGCAUACAACCAGAACCAGCUUCUCCCUCCCCAUCCCUCCCAGCUCCACCCCAGGCUUCUGCACAGCCGUUGUAUCCCUGAAGGGGCGUUUGCAUUUUGAAUUUGUAACAUCCCGAGAGCCAGGUUUCGUGCUCCUACCUCCCAUGGAACAGACCGAGCCUGUCACCUGGACGGGGCCUGAGCAAGUGCCCAUGGACACCUUCAGCUGGGACCUCCCCAUCAAGGUGCUGCCUACAAGCCCUACCCUGGCUUCAUAUGCAGCCCCAGGCCCCAGCACCAGCACCAUAACCAUCUGA